GGGAGCGCGUCGGGAUGGUUAUGCGGAUGGUGAUGGAGGUGUGGACGGGGAUGGGGUGUCCCUCCGGCCCUGCCUCUGCCACCCGGGGCUCCCCAGGGCUUCGCCCAUCGCUGGCUCCAGCCCCGCUUGCAGAGCCGCCUGCUGCCUGCCUUUCCUCACCAGCCUGGGCAGGAGGGCAGAGGAGAGAUGCUCAGCACCGCCUGUGCCAGCAGCCAGGUUGGGACCCCUGCCGAGGGCUUCCCCCCAUGCCACCUUCUCUCCUCUCCGUCCUCUGGAACCGGGGCGGCAAAUGGAGGCUGCUUGAUGGCUCCCCCCAGCCCCGCUGCCGGUGGUCACAGAGCUGGAGACGAGGCUUUGCAUGCGUCAUCCCCUCCGCGUCAGGAGCAUGCCUGGCACCGGCAAGGCUCCUGCGCGGGCCCCGCUGCACGCUCUGCUGCCGAGCAAGGAACAAGGACGUCACUUGGCCUCGGUGGGGGGUGGAGGAUGGGGGACAUCCUUCCAGGAAACCCUCUACCUCCAGCUCCCCUAGGGUUUGCAGGCCCACCUCGCUGCUCCAGCUCCAGCAGGGUACAUGGCCUCCCAACUGUCAUCCUGCCUGGUGGCCCAGCAGGGGCUGGGGAGGGGCUGUCACCCUCAGCCCCUUCCCAGGGGCAUGGGAUGCAGCAGGGGAUACAGGUCCCCAGGGGUGCUGGGAGCCAGGCAUGAGGGGUCCCUCUGGGGCAGGGUGGGUGGCACUGCCUGGCUGCCCCAUCUGCCCUUGGGGGCAGCAAGCCCAGGGACUUGCCUGUGUGGUGAGGCAGGGUCCUGCUUGGCUGGCUGAGUGUGAGGGGCACUGGGACACCCACAGUGGCUGUCUCUCUGCACCAGGCAAGCCACCCACUGCCACCCCACUUCACCCCAUCCCUGAGCCCUCUCUGCCUGUCCUGCACCAGUGGCAGCAGUGCUAUCUGGUGCUGGACCCCACAUGCCAGGCAGCGGCAGGCUGCAAGGGCUGUGUGCCACGGCCCCAGGAGCACCUUCUUGGCCCUGACUCCCCUUGGCCCCAUGGCCAUGACUAGGGAUGACCCAUGCCAGGGCAGUAGCCCAGCCUGAACAGGGGAAUCUGUGCCUGGCAUGGGGGAGGGAGGCAGCACCAGGUCUCAUCCAGCUGCCCCAUGAGGCAGGGCUGAAGCCAGUUGCUGAUCCCAGCCAGCCCUUUGCCCCACCUGGGGCUAAGUGUGCACUGAGCAGUCUCCUGGGACUCUGCCACCCCUUUUCCUGGGGUGCUAAUGAAAUCCCAGGCAGGGAGCACAUCCCCCACUGUCUAGCUGGCCCCUUCACCCAGCCCCCAGCCCCAUAGAGAGCCCCGAGCUGCUCCUGCCCCCAUUCCACCUCCUGUUUUGGAGGUGACCCUAUACCAUCCAGCACUCACCCCCUGCCAAGCUAGGGGUGGGUGCUGUGCCUUAAGGGUCCAGGCUGCAGGAUGCCCUGAUCUCAUAGGGACCUGUUGUGGGGCAGAGGGAAGGGGCUCAGCCACCCCACAGUGGGUGAUGGAGCCCAGCCCAGGCCUGCUGGGUGCAGUCACCAUGUUUGAUGGGGAGCUGAUGGCGCUAGUCCCUGGGGAAGCCACAAGAGCACCCGAUAAUGGCACUCAAUCGCAUUUUCAUUUUUUAAUGGGGGAAUUAUCCGCCGAUGGUGCAGUUAAUCACUCAUCUCUCUUUCCCUGGCCUGGAAGACGGGCUGCCAGCCAGAACCAGCACAGUCAGCCAAGGAAGGGAGGUGAAGCCUGGCUCAACCUGAAUACAAAUGUGUCUCAAGCAGCCACUGCCCUCUGCCCAGCACCACACGCACGCAGGGGGCUAGUGGGAGCCCACAAGUGCUGCCCACGAGCAGAGGCUGCUGCUGCACUGGCAACAGCUUUGGGGAAUGCAAAAUGAGCCUGCUACCCUUCCGAGGGCAAUGAACGACUGACCAUACUCAUCUGGCUGUCCCCAGGGGUUGGCUGUCACCAGGGGCUGUUUGUCUCUGGGGGCUGGCUGUCCAAGACCCUGCCUGGGAGCUGUGGGGAGGCAGGAGAGGCUGGCCAGAGCAAAGGGCUUCAAGAAAGCUAGGUGUGCAGCCCUAGGCUCCAUGCUGGGAAGACAGCAUGGUGUGUCAGUGUCCUGGGGAGAACCCAUCACCCAGACUAGCUGGGAAGGAUGCUCAGACCUGGCAGCCCAACCCUGCCUGUCUGCACACUGCAUCCCCACUCCUCCCUGCUUUGGACAUCACCCCAUCCCUCUGCUUCCCCGGGAGACAGUGUAGUUGCAUGCUGGGCCUGGCAGCCAGCUCACCCUCGGCUGGUCCCUCUCUCGGCCAGCAGGUGCCCGGCCCUGGGCUGCAGCACAGACCGCAGCCGAGCUGGCAAAGAGCUCCCAGCACCUCUGCCCCGCACUCUGGUCCCGCCUGCCUGCCCAGAUGGCGUGAGGGAGAGCAGCCCCCAGGCCUCCUGCCCCAUGCAGACAGGCUGGUCCCAUGCUGCCUGUGCCAGCCAGCCUCUCUUGCAGCUGGCACAGCCUCUGCCGGGGAUGGGGGAUGCUGUCCCUCUGCUGGGCUGGUGCCCAUGGCAGUGUCUGGGCCAGUGCCUGGAAGACACUUUGCUGGCACGCGUGGUGGCUUCUAAGGGGCUGCAGAGCAUUUGGCCACCUGCCCAGGCAAAGACCUUGCUGCAGAUGGUGCUGGCUGCAGGCAGUGGUGCUGGGGCAGUCACACUGCCCAGGGCUGGCACCCCCUGGGCAUGGGCAGUGGCACAGGGCUGGGUGCAUAGUGUCUUCCCUGCUGGGCAUGGGCAGUGGCGAAGGAAUGGGUGCGUGGUGCCAUCAUCAAGGGCUCUGUGUGUGUGUGUACACACACGUAUGCACACACAGGUGCAUGUGAGUGUGUGCAAGGCUGGGCAUGCGCCACACGUGUCCACCUACACUCAUCCAUGACUGUGUGCACGGGGGUGCGUGCCUGGGAGUGUGUGUCUGUGGGUUCUCUGUGGGUGUGUGCCUGUGGGUACUCUGUGGGUGUGCAGCCAGGGGCAGGUGUGUGAGUGGUGCUGGCUGUGCCCUGCCAGCAGGAUAGUGUCAGUGGCAUUGCGUGUGUUGUGCCAGUGCAUGUGUGUGAGCAACUGGGGGUGUGUGCGGUGCUGCAUGUGCCAUGCUGGGGUGUGUGCGUGUGGGUGUGUGGUGCUAGCAGCGCACGUGUGAAUGUGUGAGCAGGUGCAUGGUGCUGUGCCAUGGGUAAUGCUCUUUUCUCUUUUCCUUUGCAGAAGACUGGUCACUCGCGGCGCUUUGGGCGCUUCACGCAUGGUGCGUUGAGUUACCAGGACCCGGCUCCCCCCACCACCCCAAGCGCACUGGGAUGGGGUCUGGCCCCACUACCUUGCCUUGGGGGAUGGCAAACAGAGACCGGGUUGCAGCUCGCCAGCCCCAAAACAGGGUCCCAGUCAGCUGGUGGCUUCUGGUGUCCCUUGCAAGGCCAGGCUGCUCCUGCCCCUGUAGCUGCAGUUUCUCAGAGGCUGCCAGGCUGUUGUGGCCAGGCUGGGGACCCUGGUGUGGUGGCAGUGCACAGGGCAGCUGGCGGUGUGCCAGGCUGCAGAGGGGUGGCGUGGGCUUGGGGGGAGCAGUGUGGCCACCCACUGCACUGAGGCAUGCAGUGGAGGGGAGCGCUAGUGCGGCAGGGGACAUGUCCCUUGCCAUAGGGGUCUGUUGUGGCAGCUGGUGAUGGCUCAGACAGUGCCAAGGGGGAAAGGCUGGCUCUCCCUGGCUGCUUUGGUUGGCUUUCCUGGGACAGGUCAUUAGGGCGAUGCUGAUUUGGCCUGACCACAUCCUGCUUGUGGGGAGGCUUUCACUGAUGUCUUACCCUGAGCAUCCCUGCUUUAUCAACCAGGGCUGUGUUUUGGAACAGCAGUUGCCACCAGUGAGGCAGGGGAUGCACAUGUACGUGCUAGAGGGAGGGUGCUUGUGCAUGGACACAUGUAUCCGCAUGCCCCAGCACCCUCAGGAGUGCCCAUCUGGGGCACUGGUUGGAGGGGUCCAGCCCCAGGGUGCGGUGCCCUGUGGAGAACAGGGAUGUGUGAUGCCAGCAGCUCCAGGGACAGGAGAUGGCUGUCUUGCCAGGUAGGAUGAGUCCGUGGCAAGGGGAUGGGAUGGUGUCCUGCACAGUGCUGGUGGGACGGUCUGUGUGCAAGGGAGGUCUAUGUGCAGUACUGGAGCGCUAUGUGGUGAACAUGGGUAGAAAGUGGAGAUGUAGUGGGGAAGUCUGGAAACCAGACUUGUUUCCACACCCUGUGGGCACCUGGCCCCUGCCAUGGGGCUGGGCGGGGCAUGGGGUGCUCCUUGUGGGGUCCUGAGACAGGCAAAUGCCCAGUCCUGGCCCCAUGCCUGGACCCAAAGCCCAGCACAAGGUGCCAGGCACUCCGAGCUGGUGUGACUCACCCAGGCACUGCCCCAACAAGUCCCUGCCCCAUGGGAGCAUGGGGAGAUGCUGGGGACAAGGUCUCUCCUCGCUGCCCCCUGCAUCUCUGCAGGCCGGGCCGAUAACCGGGUGUUGAUGUCUCUCUCUCUCUUGCUGCCCCUAUGGAAGCGAAGUUUUCCGCUCCUGCAGGAAACAAAGCUACGACUCGGAGACGGGUGAGGAUGAGCCCAGCGAUCCCCAGGUGACGCAGCGCAGUGAGUUCCAGGAUGAGACGGCCUUCAGCACCCCCACAGGUGGGUCCGACACCCUUGUGGACACCUCCAUGAACACGACGCCAACCUCGGUGCUGGCCCUGUCACAGGCAGAGGAGCGCUCCAGCUGGUCGGGCAGCCAGCAGACAGUGGUGGAGAAGGAAACGGAUGCCAGCCUCUCUGCACGGGGACCCUACCUCCGCCCCGCUGCCUGGCAGCAGCCACAGGGAACCCCAAGGCAAGCAAAUGCGCCGGCCCCGCGUGGCACCGAGGUCCGUCACCUGGGCGUGGAGCCGCUGGUGCGGGCAUCACGGGCUAAUCUGGUGGGCACGAGCUGGGGGUCAGAGGAUAGCCUUUCGGUGGCCAGCGACCCCUACGGCAGCGCCUUCAGCCUGUACCGAGGACGGGCGCUCUCACUCCAUGUCAGUAUCCCCCAGGGGGGCUACAGGAGAGACGAUCCUAACAGUGGCCCUGCCUCUCCAAAGCCUGGCGCUGAACCCCCAAGGUCUCCUGCUGCCCUGCCACUGACCGCCAAGCCCCCCAUCCUCCGCUCGCCGUCUCCCCGCACCGGCUCGUGCCUACCGCCAACCAUGGGUGCCACAUCCCAGCCUGCUGCCCGUGGCCCUGGUGUCCCCUCCUUCACGCCCGUGACCCCCCGCAAGAAGUCCUCGGUGCCAGCUGAAUACCAGGACACUGUCCCUGAGGAGUAUGAGGAGAAGAUCAAGAGGCCCAAGUCCUCGGGGUACUCUCAGGGCAGCACACAAGAUUCCCGUCCCCAGACACCCAUGAGCGAUGCAUCUGGCCGCAUCUCCGUCCGGGCAUCCCCAAAGCUGGUGCGUGCUGGCUCCAAGAUCUUCGAGAGGCUGCAGUUCUUUGAGGAGCGGCGGAGGAGCCUGGAGCAGGCGGACAGCCCCUUCACUGCACACCCCUGCCUGCCUUUGCGCAAGACACGGUCCUUUGACCAGCCUAGCUCCGGCUUGCGCCGUGCCAGCACGCCAGGUGGCUCACGGGAAGAUGUACGGGACGGCGACCGCUGGGAGCCGGGCAGCACAGCAGCGUGCCGACGUUUGGCCUUCCGGCAGAAGGCUGCCUCCUUUGACGAGCGGGGCAAGUUCGCCGGCCGUGUCUACACCAUUGAGCACAAGUUUGCGGAGGAGUUGACCCGCAUCAAGCGGACAGUCUCCAAGCAGCAGCUGCGGCGCUCCCAGGAGCUGUGCAAACCCGGGUUGCCCCCAGCACCCUCACCCCCCGUGGCCGGCGAGCCUGCAGCCCCCCGCCCUCCACGCACCCCCUCCUCACAGGGUGCCGGUGGGCGCAAGGUGCUGCCACCGAAGACUUCACCAGUGGAGAGCAUGCAUGUCAUCCAACACCUGGCACUUUCCAGUGUGGCGCUGGUGGGGCCUGAUGGGGAACCGGAGCCGGGAGGGCAGCAUGGGAGGAAAGCCCCAGUGCGGGGUGGCACAGUGGCCACUCAGCCUGCCACGGUGGAGGUUGCAGGCACCAGGAAGGGUCCUCAGCAAGGAGGCACUGGGGAAGUGAAGAAGAAGGAGCAGUUGCCGUUAUUGCAAGCCACCCCACAGGGACGGGCGGCCCUUUUGCAGGCGGGUCCCCCCGAAGGCAGCCCAUGCCCGGAUGGAGGCCCCGCUAGUGGAGUCCGUGUCCCUGGGGCAGUGAGUGAAGCCCUGGCCUCCCGGCUGGCGGUGCCCCAUGGGCUGUACCGGCGGCCGGAGGCACCCACGGAGGUGCGGUUCCUACCCUGGGCAAAACCAGGAUUGGAGCAGGAAGCUCGUCUGGAGAGGAGCUGGGCAGGACAGCACAGCAUGGGCAGGGAGGUGGACAGAAGGCAGAUGAAAGUGUCAGAGAAGAAGGAGAGUGGCCGGAUGGCUCAAGAAGGCAGGAGCACACGGAGCAAGGCAAAGGGACGCCGAGCCAGACCCACCUCUCCGGAGCUAGAGUCUUCCGAUGACUCCUACGUCUCAGCGGGUGAAGACCCCCUAGAAGCCCCCAUCUUUGAGAUCCCCAUCCAGGACAUGGCGGUGGCUGUGGGGGCAGAGGUGCUGCUCAAGUGCAUUGUCACGGCCAACCCCCAGCCAGAUGUGUCCUGGAGGAAGGACGGGGUCCCGCUGCGGAGCAGCACGACGCGGCCCAUCAAGGCGGAGGGCGAGCGUCAUACCCUGCUGGUCAGGAGCGCCCGGGUGGCCGACGCCGGCCUCUACACUGUCACCGCGACCAACGAGGUGGGGGCGACCUGCUGCAGUGCCAUCCUCAGCGUGCGGCCCGCCCCCGCCGUGGAGCGGCAUGGGAACUUGGCAAGCCCCCUUGGCCAGGCCAGCCCCAUCACUUCAGACGAGGAGUACCUGAGCCCCUUGGAAGAGUUCCCUGAGUCCAGCACCCCCCAGCACCGACCAGCCAUGAAGCUACAGCCUAGAGCCGAGCAUGGGGCUGCCCACGGCUCCCCAGAGAGCACCUUCAAGGCUGCACCCACCUUUGAGGUGUCCCUGUCGGACCAGUCUGUGCUGGAGGGGCAGGAUGUCAGCAUGAGCGUCCGCGUCCGUGGGGAGCCCAAGCCCAUCAUUUACUGGCUGAGGAACAGGCAACCAGUGAAGUACGGCCGCCGGCACCACACAGAGGAGGCGGAGGGGGCACGGGGACUCUACACGCUGCACAUCCUGGCAGCAGAGCGCACUGACACUGGCUUCUACACCUGCAAGGCUGUCAAUGAGUAUGGCACCAAGCAGUGCGAGGCCAAGCUGGAGGUCAGAGCUCGCCCCGAGUGCCAGUCCCUGGCCAUCGUGGUUCCCCUGCAGGAUGUGGUGGUCGGGGCGGGGGAGCUGGCACUCUUUGAGUGUCUGGUGGCUGGCCCGCCAGACAUGGACGUGGACUGGCUGUCCCGGGGCCGGCUGCUCCAGCCCGCCCUGCUCAAAUGCAAGAUGCAUUUUGACGGGCGCAAGUGCAAGCUGCUGCUCACCUCCGUGCAUGAGGAUGACAGUGGGAUCUACACCUGCAAGCUCAGCACUGCCAAAGAUGAGCUGACCUGCAGUGCCCGGCUGACAGUGCAGCCCUCUGUGCAGCCACUCUUCACCCGCAAGCUGGAGGAAGUGGAUGUGGUGGAAGGGCGGACAGCACGUUUUGACUGCAUGAUCAGUGGGACUCCCCCGCCAACAGUCAUCUGGACCCAUUUUGGCCAGCCAGUGCAGGAAGGGGAGAAUGUGCGGAUUCAGCAGGAUGGGGGUCUGCACUCUCUGGUCAUCGUGCACGUGGGCAGCGAGGAUGAGGGGCGGUACACAGUGACCGCCAGAAAUGCACAUGGCCAUGUGGAGUGCUCUGCGGAGCUCUACGUGGAGGAGCCGCGGCCGUCUGCUGCCUCCCAGAUCUCCAAGCUGGAGAAGAUGCCAUCCAUCCCAGAGGAACCAGAGCAGGUGGAGACAGAAGCAGAGUGCUUCACCAUGCCCGAUUUCCUGAAGCCACUGCAAAACCUGGAUGUGGUGGAGUCGAAGGAGGCUGUGUUGGAAUGCCAGGUGGCUGGGAUGCCCUACCCCUCCAUCACCUGGUUCCACAAUGGCUCCCGCAUUGACAGCACUGAAGACCGCAAGAUGAUGCAGUAUAAGGAUAUCCAUCGCCUGGUGUUCACAGCUGUCAGCCACACACAUGCCGGUGUCUAUAAAAGUGUCAUCGCCAACAAAGUGGGGAAGGCUACGUGCUACGCACACCUCUAUGUCACUGAUGUGGUGCCAACUCCCCCGGAUGGACCCCCCACCGUGGCCUCGGUGACUGGCAGAGCCAUCACACUGACCUGGAACAAGCCCAAGUGGCUGGACACUGCCAUAGACCCCAACUCGGUGACCUACGUGGUACAAAUGCAAGUGCUGGGCACGAUGCAGUGGCUGGUGCUGGUGGCUGGCGUGCGGGACACCACCUACACGGUGCAUGGGCUGACCAAGGGUGCCCAGUACCUCUUCCGUGUCAUCACUGCCACCCCCAAGACCAACAGCAAGCCCUCCCCGCCUGUGGGGCCCGUGCAGCUCCUGGAUCGGGGUCCCUACCUGGAAGAGGCUCCGGUCAUCCUGGACAAGCCAGACAUGGUGUAUGUGGUGGAGGGCCAGCCAGCCUCCAUCACCAUCACCAUCAACCACGUGGAGGCCACCGUUACUUGGAAGAGGGGCGGGCAGGUGCUGGGGGAGAAGGAGGGCACGUGCGAGGUGACGAUGCCGGACGAUGACCAGCACUGCCUGCGGCUGCUGCGCGUGGGCCGGGGUGCCGUGGGGCCGCUGGCCUGCGAGGUGAGCAACCGCCACGGCACUGCCCGCUGCACCCUCCGCCUCCACCUUGCAGAGGCACCACGCUUUGAGUCCAUCAUGGAGGACAUCGAUGCCCAGGAAGGGGAGACACCACGCUUCGCCGUGGUGGUGGAGGGGAAACCACUGCCAGACAUCAUGUGGUACAAGGAUGGGGAGCUGCUGGAGGAGAGCAGCCACCUGAGCUUUGUGUAUGAGGACAACGAGUGCUCGCUGGUGGUGCUGGGUGCCGCUGAGCCCGACAGCGGCGUCUACACCUGCACGGCCAAGAACCUGGCUGGGGAGGUCUCCUGCAAGGCAGAGCUGGUGGUGAGGGCAGCCCAGCCUGCUGUUGAUGCUGCCAUGGAGGAGGAGGCACUGCACAAGGUGCGACGCCUGACCGACUACUACGAUGUGCACGAAGAGAUCGGGAGGGGGGCUUUCUCCUAUCUGCGGAGGGUGACAGAGAAGAGCAGCCGCCUGGACUUUGCUGCCAAGUUUGUCCCCGGGAGGACCAAGGCCAAGCAGUCAGCACGCCGGGAGCUGCACAUUCUCUCGCAACUGGACCAUGAACGCAUCGUCUUCUUCCAUGAUGCCUUUGAGAAGAAGAACGCCGUCAUCAUCGUCAUGGAGCUCUGUUCCAAGGAAGAGCUGCUGGACAGGAUGGCGAGGAAGCCCUCAGUGUGUGAGUCCGAGAUCCGAUCCUACAUGCGGCAGGUUCUGGAAGGGAUCUGCUACCUGCACCAGCACAGUGUUCUGCACCUGGACAUCAAACCAGAAAACCUCCUGAUGGCGGAUUCGAGCAGUGAACAGGUCCGGAUCUGCGACUUCGGCAACGCACAGGAGCUGACACCUGAAGAGCCACAGUACUGCAAGUAUGGCACCCCUGAGUUUGUGGGCCCCGAGAUUGUCAACCAGAGCCCCGUCUCCAGCGUCACUGACGUCUGGCCUGUGGGAGUCAUCGCCUAUCUCUGCCUGACGGGGAUCUCCCCUUUCGUUGGGGAGAAUGACAAGACGACACUGAUGAACAUCCGCAACUACAACGUGGCCUUCGAGGAGAGGAUGUUCCAGGGGCUCACCCGGGAAGCCAAGGGCUUUGUCAUCAAAGUGCUGGUCAAUGACAGGCUGAGACCCAACGCGGAACAGAUCCUGGAGCAUCCCUGGUUCAAGACGCUGGCCAAGGGAAAGGUCAUCAGCACCGACCACCUGAAGCUGUUCCUCUCCCGUCGGAAAUGGCAGCGCUCACAGAUCAGCUACAAGUGCAACAUGGUGCUGCGGCCGAUCCCGGAGCUGCUGGAGGACACAUCCAACCACCUCUCCAUUGCUGUGCCCCGGCACCUCAAGGAGUCACCGGCGCUGUCAUCCUCCUCGGACUCGGAUGACCUGGAUGAGCUGCCUUUUAUCCCCAUGCCACACCAGGUGGAGUUCUCCGGCUCCCGCAUGUCGCUCAAUGAGAUCCCCACAGAUGACGAGGCUGUUGGGCCAUAUGAAGGGCCGCAGUUGGAGGGGUUUGCACCAGGGGAUGUCUCUGCCAUGGAGUGGCAGAGCCAGGGCAUGGGGAAGCCUGGGGUGGCCCCAGGGAAGCGGCCAAGGGGCACUGGGCCACGGCGGCCAUGCACGGAGGUGGAAGCACCUGGCUCCUCUGAUGAAGAAGCCCCCGAAGCCCAGAAGCGUCCGGAGUACCCUCGCAAAGCCAUGAGAAAGGGCUCCAGCCUGGAGUCCCCAGGGAGUGCCCGACGGGGAGAGCUGAAGAGGGGCAGCUCUGCUGACAGUGCCCUGCUGCCCCACCAGCACCCAGAGACCGAGGAGGGGGCCGAGGUGGGCCGGGACCCCCGCUGGACCCUGGCCAAGGCAGCCUCCAUGGAGCUGCCAUGGCGGAAGGGGGCAUGGGGGGAGGAUGAUCACGCCCAGCGCCUGGAGCUGAUGCGCCAGCGGCUGCUGCGGGGCAGCUCAGGGGAUGGCAAGGUCAGUGGCCUCCGGGGACCCCUCUUGGAGACUCUGGGGGUCAGCCCUGACAAGAAGGUCCCACGGUCAACCCGGUUGGAGCCACCAGCGGUGCCACGGCUGGUGCGGGCAGCGUCCAGCGAGGCCACCUCACCGCGCCUCCUCCCCGCUGAGCACCGGCUGCAGAAGAGCAGCUCCUUCAGUCAUGGGGAUGCGGAGCCUGUCGUCCGGCACCGCCGCUCUGGUGCACCCCUGGAGAUCCCAGUGGCCUGCCUGGAAGCCCAGCGGCUCAAGGAGUCCCCAUCACUCUCAGCCCUCUCCGACGCCCGGCCACCGGCCUCGCCUGACACCCCCAGCCUGCUGACACCCCCUGCACUGGAUAUCGCCAUCCCUCGAGCUCCUGCCACCAAGGCUGCCCUGGGAACAAGGCACCUCCCCGAGGAGCGUGGCCAGCCCAGGGCCAGCACGGCUGCCACCAUCAUGGGGAAGAAGCCCGUGGCUGGGGGACAGAAGGAAAGGACUCCCACCAAGACUGCUGGAGCCAGUGGGGAGGGGGCUGCAAGGACAGUAACACCUGCCUCUCUGCAGCCCCUGGUCCCCAGCACCCAAGCUCCCAACACGUCUUCCUACGCCAAGAUCAUGCAAGCCAUGGGAGCCAUGCAGGGUGGGGAGCCAGCCACUGAGGAAGCCUCCCAGCCAUUGCCAGCCACCCCUGCUGAGCCACCAGCACUAGAACCAGCACCAGCACAGCCACCAAGGAAGGAGGCAAAGCCUGAUGGCUCUUCCAGCUCCCUGCUCAUCCAGGACAUUGACUCAGAGGAGGUCUUUGAGGCCAAGUUCAAGCGGGGCCGGGAGUCAUCGCUCAGCCGGGGGCUGAAGCUCCUCACCCGCUCCCGCUCCGAGGACCGUCACCUGGCCGGUCCCCUGACCCCCGAUGAGGGCAUCUACCGUCCCACGCCGGCCGGUGUGCCCCUGGAGCUGCGCAGGGACCGGCCCAUGGGGCUGGUGGCCAAGUCCAAGUCGGUGCAGGACCUGCAUGAGGUGGAGAAGGACAGGGGCUUCCUCCGGAGGAUGUCUGUGCUCCUCAAGAGGACCCCGCCUGCCGAGAGGAAGAAGAACAGUGGGGAGGAUGGAGGCAGUGAGACCCCAUCUGGUGGGCGCCGCUUCUCCUGGAGCCUGGCCUUGGGUAGCUCCAAGGAGCGCAGGGACUCAGAGAGCCUCAAAUCAGAGCCAGGGGGUGGUGGGGAGAGCGAGUCGCCAGCAGUGGCCGUGCGGAGGAAGAUCAGCGCCACGAUGGAGAGGGUCUCGGCACGGCUGCGCAGCCUGUCAGAUGAGCGGCCAGAGGGUGAGGGGCCCAGAGAGCUCCGUCGCUCCAUCUCCGAGGGGGACAGCCUGCGGCCGGGGCUCCCACCGGCACCUGCGCCCUCCUCUGAGUCCCUGCGUUCGGAGGACAGCACCCGCUCCUCUGCCUCGACCAAAGGUGGCGCUGAGAGCCAGAAGCGGUCCCGCUGGGAGCGCUGGGGGCUGUCCCGGAGCAAGAAGGAGAAAGUGGCCUCGCAGCCCAGCAUCCCCUCCAGCCUGCUGCAGGAGGAGGGACCCACCGCCGGCCAGUCACAUGCGCCCAGCGAGUCUGAUUUCCCACCUGUCUUCCACAUCAAGCUGAAGGACCAGGUGCUGCUGGAGGGUGAGGCGCUGACCCUCUGCUGCCUGCCUGCUGGUAGCCCGACCCCCAGGAUCAUCUGGAUGAAAGACAAGAGGUCCCUGCAGCCAGACAAUGCACUGAAUGUCGUCUCCUGCAAGGAUGGCCGGCAGAUGCUCACCAUUGCCAAGGUCUCCAGGAAGGACGCGGGGCUGUACGAGUGUGCAGCUGCCAAUGUCCUGGGCACGGCCAUUAGCUCCUGCACACUGGCUGUGGCACGGCUCCCAGGGCGGCCAGGCACCCCGGAGAUCCCCCAGAAGUACAAGAACACGGUGCUGGUGCUGUGGAAGCCUGCGGAGAGCAAAGCCCCCUGCACCUACACGCUGGAGCGCAGGCUGGACGGGGAGCACGAGUGGAAGAUCGUCAGUACUGGCAUCACAGACUGCUACUUCAACGUGACGGAGCUGCCCCCUGGGAGUGCUGCCAGGUUUCGGGUGGCUUGUGUCAACAAAGCUGGACAGGGCCCCUACAGCACCCCCUCGGGGAAGGUGCACCUCAAGGCAGCAGAUGCCCAAGCUGCUCCAGCCAAGGACAUCGCUGUCCCAGUCCCUGUUCCUGAGAAGGUGGCUUCCAGCCGGUCAACCCAAACGCCUGUUGGGCAGCUGGAGCCACCAGCCACAGGGUUUCCCCCUGCUACACCACCCCACAAGCACGAGGGAGCAGUACAGAAGGCAGAUGGGGCAGUGCAGGCGGGUGCCACCCCAGGGGUCCUCCAGCCUCCUGCACUCUGCGAGGAGGAGUCACGGCUGGAUCCUGAGCUCCCACCCGACAUCACUGUCUGUGUGCCCCCGGAGCUGAUGUUCACCCCACCUCGGACUGUUGCUUCACCCCACACAGACACCCCCACUCAGGGCUCCCCCACACCCUCCACGGACAGGUCUCCUCCACCCCAGGCUCCUUCUCCUUCCAAGUUCUCGCCCACUUCCCCAGUGUCGACCACCCCCAGCUCAGCCCCCACGCCAUCUCCCACGCCCAAUGCUGCGCCCACACGGAAGAUGCCCCCCUACAUGGUCACCUCCUUUGUCUCCAUGCCCCCCGCAUCACCCACCACACAGGAGCCCUCCCCCACCACCCCAUCCUCUAAGGAGCCACCAGCUGAGAGCGGGGUCUCAGGAGCUAAAGACAGCACGGCACUGCGGCAGGGCGUCCCCCAGAAACCAUACACCUUCCUGGAUGAGAAGGCAAGGGGUCGUUUUGGGGUGAUCCGGCUGUGCAAGGAGAAUGCCACAGGGAAGCACUUCAUGGCCAAGAUCGUACCCUAUGAGGCAGAGCGCAAGCAGAGCGUCCUGCAGGAGUAUGAGAUACUCAAGGCGCUGCACCACGAGCACAUCAUGGCCCUGCACGAGGCAUACAUCACCCCCCGCUACCUGGUGCUCAUCUGCGAGAACUGUGCUGGCAAGGAGAUCCUCUACAGCAUCGUGGACAGGUUUCGCUACUCAGAGGAUGACGUGGUGAGCUACGUGCUGCAGCUCCUGCAGGGCCUCGAGUACCUGCACAGCCGCCGCAUCGUGCACCUCGACAUCAAGCCAGACAACAUCAUCGUCUCAGGCAUGAAUACCCUCAAGAUCAUCGAUUUUGGCAGUGCCCAGACCUACAACCCCCUUGUGCUGCGGCAGCUGGGGCGGCGCGUUGGCACUCUGGAGUACAUGUCACCAGAGGUGGUGAAGGGGGACCCGGUGGGCUCCGCAGCAGAUGUCUGGGGUGUCGGCGUCCUCACCUACAUCAUGCUCAGUGGGCGGUCGCCAUUCUUUGAACUGGACCCCAUCGAGACGGAGAACCGCAUCCUGGCAGGGCGCUUUGAUGCCUUCCGGCUGUACCCCAACGUCUCGCAGAGUGCUGCCCUCUUCAUCCGAAAGGUCCUUGCUGUCCACCCCUGGAGCCGCCCCACGGUGAAGGACUGUUUUGCCAACACCUGGCUCCAGGAUGCCUACCUGAUGAAGCUACGCCGCCAGACCCUGACCUUCACCACCAACCGCCUCAAGGAGUUCCUGGUGGAGCACCAGCGGCGCCGUAGCGAGGCUGUCACCAAGCACAAGGUCUUACUCCGCUCCUACCAGGGCGGCCAGCCGCCGGGGCCGCAGUAGCCGGUGCCUCAGCCAUGGCCAUGAGGGGCCGAGGAGCCAGAGGAACAUUCCAGGGGCUGCAAGACAGGGUGGCCGAGGAGGAACCAGGACAUGCCAGGAUGAGCAAAUGGACCUCACGUGCUGCCGCCAGGGCUGCUAGUGGCUGGCAUCAUUUUGGCAGUGCCGAUGGAAAGGGGAGGUGCUGCCCCAGCCAUCCCAGCAGUGGGGUCUGGCUGCGGGCAGGUGGCGGGAAGCCUUGCUAGGAGGAACGGAGAAUGUGGCAGAGGGUUGGGAGGACAGGAUGCGGACGGGGGGACAAAGGGAGCCCCAGGCAGAAGUGGGAGAGCCACCAGCACGUUGGCCAGCCCUGGCCAUGCGGGUCCUGUCAGCCGUGUGCCUUAUGCUGCAGCCUGCACUCCCCCCGGUUUGCACGCCAGCGCCCGAGGACUGAGGCUGCUCCAGUGGUUCCAGCAGAGGGAGGCCUGUCCACAGGCCCUCCAUGAGCCCCCCCACCUCCCACCUGACACCCCAGUGCCACAGCACAGCUCCACAGGUGCCUAGCCAAGCCCCAUGCCCUCUCCCCAGUGGCUGGGAGGAUGCUCCAGCAUGGCCAGGGUGCGCUAGACAGAGGGAUGGGGGCAGUGGUUGGGCACCUGCUUUCCAGAUGCUGCUGUAGCAAUAGGGCUUUAUUUAUUGACUUUGGGGAGAAGGCUUCUGCCCCAUCUCCAUCCCCACCCCUCUGUCAGGCUCCGGAGUUGCCAACGUCCCUGUGGUUUGGAGCAAGCAACGUGCCAGAGCAGCAAUAAAGACCCUGAGCAGCC